AUGGCGGUCUUCUGCGCCCCGCUCGACGAGGCCUUCGCCGAGGCGAAGCUCACCCUGCACCCGCCGGCCGCCUCGUGCGGCCGCUGCCUCGUCAGCCUGGCGCCGUACGGGGCGCACGCAUCGCGCGGAGGCGACGGGGCGGGCAGGAGGUGGAUAGGGCGGUUCCGGACCGAGCUGACGCCCGUCUUCUGGUCGGCGCUCGCCGGCGGGCUGGGGUGCGACUUGUCGCUGCGCAGGGUCCGCGGCGGCAACGCGCACCACCAGCUCGAGUCCGCCUUCAAGUCCUUUGCGCGCGUCUUUCGCGCGGCGCUCGACUCCGUGUCCGACCCCGGAGGCGGGGCGGGCGUGCCUGGCUGCGCCACGUUCGGAGAGCAGGGGCAGUCCGAGGCUGGCGCAGGCGCCGCCGCGCCGCCGCCGCCGCUGCCGCCGCCGCCGCCGCCGCCCGCGGAGCCCCGGCGUGCCGAGCGGCGGCGCGCGACCAAGGAGACGGCGAUCGAGGUGCGGCUCGACCUCGACAAGGGCUGGGCGGCAGAGGACCCUCCGCGCGGAGCUGGGUCGCGCACGCCGCGCGUGUCGACGGGCGUCGCGGCGCUCGACCGCGUGCUGAGCGAGCUGAGCCGCGCGGGCGGCUUCGAGCUGGUCGUCUGGUGCGACGGCGACCGGCACAUCGACGACCACCACACGGCGGAGGACGUGGCCAUCACGGUGGGGCAGUGCCUGCACGAGGCGCUCGGAGACAAGGCGGGGCUCGCGCGCAUGGGCUGCGCCGAAGGCACGUCGGCCGGCGCCGGCGCCAGCAGCGGAAGCGGCAGCAGUGGCGGCGGGGGCGGCAAUGGCGGCGGCGGUGGCUGCGGCGGCGGCGGCGGCGGCGCGCGUGUGCGUGCGGUCCUCGACCUGUCCAAUCGGCCUCACUUCGAGUCGGAUCUGCCCCUGGACGAAGAGUACGUUGGCGGCGGUGGCGGCGACGGCUCGCCUUGCGGCGGCGACGCUUGCGGUGACGCUAUGCCGUUGUGCGGCACUCUCCUCUCGUGCGAGAUGCUGCACCACGUAUUCCUCUCGCUCACGAUGGAGGCGCGCGCGAGCGUCCACCUCGAGCUGCGCGAGGACAGUUGCGCGCCCGGCCACACGCUCGACCUCGCGCUCGCCGCCGCCCGAGCCUACGGCGCCGCCCUCGGUGUCGCGAUCCGGCUCGACCCGCGCCGGCGCGGCAAAGUCGCCUCCUCCAAGGGCACGCUCUCAAAGUAG